UUAAUCUUACAAGAGGAGAGUCGCCGCGUCCGAACUUUUGUUGGUUGUCUGGAAAAAGUGGAUUUUGUCGGAAAAUUGUGUUUUUGCCUCGUAUUAGUGUCGCGCUAACGAUUAAUCGAGGGACGGUGAUCAGUUUGUAAUAAAGUUUUUAUUGUGGAAUUUGUUAGUUUCCCGGAAAAAGUGAAAUCAAAAUCCGGUGCUUGUUUUGUUGUUCUCUGAUUGUUCCGCCAUUUGUGCACGAGAACAUUCUCUAAUCGAUUGCGAAGUGAAAUAAUGAAAUAAGAAUGGCGUCACCGUCGCCUGCGAAUAGUCCAAUGCCUCCGCCGCAGGCGCCCAGUCCAAUGGGGCCGCCAUCCCAAAGUCCUGCCCCGUCACCAUCUCCGCAUAGCCCGUAUCCGCAUCAACAAGGCCCGCAGCAGAAUCAACCGCCAGUCGGAGCACCUCACGGCCAGCAUGGGCCACCGCAGCAGCACGGUCCGCCGGGAGGACAGCACGGACCCCCGCAACAACACGGUCCGCCGGGCGGGCAACAUGGUCCACCGCUCGGACAACACGGUCCGCCGGGUCAAGUGCCUCAUGGCCCCCAUGGGCCCCACUCGCAAGUUCCACACGGACCACCGACGCAUGGAGGGCAACAGGGACCGCCGCCACCAGGGCACCAUGGCCCUCCAUCGGCUCCUCAUGGACCUCCACAUGGUCCGCCCGGUGGACAUGGACCAGGAUCACACGGCCCCCCUCCUGGAGCUCAUGGCCCAGCCGGCGGACAAGGACCUCCACAUCACGGCGGGCCACCGCAUAUGAAUGGACCGCCCGGACAAAAUGUCCCACCACCGCAAUCGCAUCACAUGCCCCCACAUCAUCCUGGAAUGGGACCUCACCCAGGAAUGCAAAUGCCUCCUCAAGGACCUCCGAUGGGAUAUCAACCGCAUUCGAUGCCUCCAACGGGACCACCCAACACAGUUCCCGGACAACCUGGCCAAGAGAAUCUCAACGCCCUACAGCGAGCUAUUGACUCUAUGGAUGAAAAAGGCUUACAAGAUGAUCCACGCUACUCUCAACUCCUAGCCUUGCGAGCAAAUUCUGCGCACCAAAAACUUACAGCCAAUCAAUUGAAAAUGCUUCGAGCACAAAUCACUGCUUAUCGUCUGCUAGCUUGCAAUAAACCACUGAAUGGAGCUAUCCAAACGAUGCUUCAGCAAUUAGCGCAGCAACCACCACCCCAGCAGCCGGGUGCACCUCCUCAGCAGCCACCGCUGCAGCAGCAACAACAGCCGCCACCCAACGCUGGGGGACCACCACCGCCGACGCAACAGCCACCAAUGGGUCAACCACCCAUGACAGGUCCCUCCCGUCAAGAUGGUACUCCACCCCAAUGCCCAACACCUCCUAGUCCAUACCAACAGGGAGGAAAUAAAAUGGUUGUACAGCCACCAAUCACCGGCCAGCCUCCGACUCCUGAAACAGGUCCAAAUAAACCUUUGAUUGGUGGUGGGGGACAACCUCAAGUCUCCAGCCCAAUGCCUGCUAGCAUGGCUCAAGCCAACAGGCCUCCGAAUCAAGGCAUCCAGCAGGCACAAGGUCCAAAACAGGGAUCACAGCCUCCUCAACAGCCCCUGCAAAAGCCCAACAGAGUAACCACCGUUGCAAAACCAGUCGGUCUAGAUCCUAUAACUCUACUCCAAGAGCGUGAAAAUCGCAUGGCUGCCCGCAUAGCUCACAGAAUGCGAGAACUUUCUUCUCUCCCAGCCACAAUGCCUGAAGAUCUCCGCCUUCAAGCUGCAAUCGAGCUGCGGGCGUUGCGAGUCCUGAAUUUCCAACGUCAAUUGAGAAGUGAAAUUGUCCAAUGCACGCGUCGUGAUACCACACUUGAAACUGCUGUAAACGUGAAAGCGUACAAACGAACGAAACGUCAAGGAUUGCGUGAGGCUCGAGCCACCGAAAAAUUAGAGAAACAGCAGAAGUUGGAAGCUGACAGGAAACGACGUCAGAAGCAUCAAGAAUUCCUUGCUGCGGUACUGCAACAUGGCAAAGACCUCAAAGAAUAUCAUCGCAACAAUCAAGCACGUCUGGCUCGUAUUAACAAGGCCGUUAUGAACUACCACGCCAACGCCGAACGGGAGCAGAAGAAAGAGCAAGAACGCAUCGAGAAGGAACGUAUGCGCCGCUUGAUGGCUGAGGAUGAAGAAGGUUACAGGAAACUCAUUGAUCAGAAGAAAGAUAAACGCUUGGCGUUCUUGCUAUCCCAAACCGAUGAGUACAUUAGCAAUCUCACUGAGAUGGUUAAGCAACACAAGGUUGACCAGAGGAAGAAGAAGGAGGAAGAGAUGAAACGCAAUAAGCGCUAUAAGAAAGAACUUCUCGCAAGCGGAGAGUUUAUCCAGAUUGACGACAGUUGUCAAGCUGGUGAAAUGCGGGUCACUGUCUACGAACCCACUACAGGCAACAAAUUAUACGGCGAAGAAGCUCCUCUUCUGAAGGACUUGCAUCGAUGGUUGGAAGCACAUCCGGGUUGGGAAUGGGUCGAGAGUGAAUCUGAAGGUGAAUCAGAUGAUGACAAUGGCGACAAUGAUUUCAAGGAAACGCGAAGAGAGAAGACCAGAGAGGAAAUCAAAACUGAAGAGGAGAAAACCAAGGAGCUUAUCAAGAAAGCCAAGGUUGAGGAUGACGAAUACCGCACUGAAGAGCAGACGUAUUACAGCAUAGCGCAUACUAUCCACGAGAAGGUUACUGAACAAGCAAGCAUUUUGGUCAAUGGCAAAUUGAAGGAAUAUCAAAUCAAAGGUUUGGAGUGGUUGGUUUCGUUGUACAACAAUAAUUUGAAUGGAAUUCUUGCGGAUGAGAUGGGUCUCGGGAAGACUAUCCAGACGAUUGGGUUGAUCACUUACUUGAUGGAACGUAAGAAAGUCAACGGACCUUUCUUGGUCAUUGUUCCACUGUCGACACUCCCCAAUUGGGUGUUGGAAUUUGAAAAAUGGGCCCCUGCUGUAGUCGUAGUGAGCUACAAAGGCAGCCCCGCUGGACGACGUUCCGUUCAAAAUCAAAUGCGCGCAACAAAGUUCAAUGUACUGCUGACCACGUACGAAUACGUCAUAAAGGAUAAAGCUGUCCUUGCAAAGCUCCAGUGGAAGUACAUGAUCAUCGAUGAAGGUCAUCGUAUGAAGAAUCACCAUUGCAAAUUGACCCAAGUCCUGAACACGCACUACAACGCUCCUCACCGCUUGCUGCUCACCGGUACUCCCUUGCAGAACAAACUGCCCGAACUCUGGGCCUUGUUGAAUUUCCUUCUGCCGUCGAUCUUCAAAAGUUGCUCAACCUUCGAACAGUGGUUCAACGCCCCGUUCGCAACUACCGGCGAGAAGGUCGAAUUGAAUGAAGAAGAAACGAUUUUGAUUAUUCGUCGUUUGCAUAAGGUCCUGCGUCCGUUCUUGCUACGUCGUCUUAAGAAAGAGGUCGAAUCUCAGUUGCCUGAUAAGGUGGAAUACAUAAUUAAGUGUGAGAUGUCUGGAUUGCAAAGGGUUUUGUACAAACACAUGCAGAGCAAGGGUGUUUUACUCACGGACGGUUCGGAGAAGGGCAAACAUGGAAAGGGCGGAGCUAAGGCUUUGAUGAACACAAUCGUGCAGUUGAGAAAAUUGUGUAAUCAUCCAUUCAUGUUCCAGCAUAUUGAGGAGAAGUAUUGCGAUCAUAUUGGAGGACAUGGCGUGGUUUCAGGACCUGAUCUAUACCGAGUCUCUGGAAAAUUCGAACUAUUGGAUCGUAUCCUACCCAAACUCAAAGCAACCAACCAUCGCGUCUUGCUCUUCUGUCAGAUGACCCAAUGCAUGACCAUCAUCGAGGAUUACCUGGGCUGGCGUCAGUUUGGCUACCUUCGUCUCGAUGGUACCACAAAAGCUGAAGAUCGUGGCGAUCUCCUGAAGAAAUUCAACGCUAAGGAUUCCGACUAUUUCGUUUUCUUACUCUCGACGCGAGCUGGUGGCUUAGGUUUGAAUCUGCAGGCAGCCGAUACUGUCGUUAUCUUCGAUUCCGAUUGGAAUCCGCAUCAAGAUCUUCAAGCACAGGAUCGUGCUCAUCGUAUCGGACAAAGGAAUGAAGUACGUGUAUUAAGAUUGAUGACAGUGAACUCGGUCGAAGAAAGAAUCCUGGCUGCUGCUCGUUACAAACUCAAUAUGGACGAGAAAGUCAUCCAAGCUGGUAUGUUCGAUCAGAAGUCAACGGGGAGUGAACGUCAGCAAUUUUUGCAAACAAUCCUUCAUCAAGACGACGGAGAUGAGGAGGAAGAGAAUGAAGUCCCAGACGAUGAAAUGAUUAAUUUGAUGAUUGCUCGAAGCGAGGACGAAUUGGAAUUGUUCAAGAAGAUGGAUGUUGAGCGCAAAAAGAACGAUAUGGCUAAUCAUCCUGGUCGUCAACGGUUGAUUGAUGAGUCCGAGCUACCAGAUUGGUUAGUCAAAGAGGACGAUGAAGUUGAGCGUUGGCAGACAUAUGAAGAUGAUAGCGUUUUGGGACGAGGUUCUCGUCAACGCAAGGAAGUUGACUACACAGACAGCUUGACCGAAAAAGAAUGGCUUAAAGCUAUCGAUGACGGCGCUGAAUUCGAGGAUGAGGAGGAAGAGGAGCGUGAGGCGAAACGUAAGCGCCGCAAGCGUAAGAAUCGCAAAGAUGACUCUGAUGACGACUCAUUGCUCAUGGCAUCAGUGAAGCGGCGACGUCAAAACGUUGACAAGAAACUUAAAAAACAAAUGCGUAAAGUAAUUUCUGCAGUCAUCAAACACACAACCGAAGACGGUCGAAUCCUGUCCGAACCAUUCAUGAAACUCCCAUCGCGUCAGAAACUCCCCGACUACUACGAAAUUAUCAAACGCCCCAUCGACAUCAAGAAAAUCCUCCAACGCAUCGAAGACCAAAAAUACUAUGACUUUGCCGACUUUGAAAAGGAAUUUUUCCAACUCUGCCAAAACGCUCAGAUCUACAAUGAAGAGGCUUCUUUGAUCUACGAUGACUCCCUGGAAUUACAAAGAGUUUUCGCUGCGGCCAGGCAACGUUAUUUAGGGGGCGAAUGUUCGGUUGAAGGAUCCGAAAAUGAGGAGGAGGAAGAAAAUUCCGAUGAUGACGGUGGAAGCGUGAAAAUGAAGUUGAAAUUAAGCAAAACUGGCAGUAGUGGUUCCGGGAUGAAUCUGACUUCUACUCCGGGUCCGAGUGGUAGCAACUCAUCCGGCUUGACCUCCACCGCUAAGAAACAAUCGCGCCGGAAACGCUCGCAGAAGAAAUACACAAUUUCAGAUGAUGAGGACGAGGAUCUAGAUUAAAAUCUAAAACAAGGAAAAAUCUUAAAAGAACGUAAACUUAAAGUAGGAUUAGUUAUGUAACUUAGUUCUCUCGAAUUUUGAAUUUCAGAUCACAAUUUAGUUGGCUUCUAGCUUUUCUCUUGGUUGUUUUUUUUUUUAAUUUUUUGAAUGCCCUUUCGGAGUGAACUCAAAGGAUACUAUGCUAAUUGAGGGGAAUAUUUAUUUGUUUCAAUUGAUGCGAGCUGUUCGUGGGAAUGAGUUGGUGAGCCCAGUAGAACCUGGGAAGAAUGAAAGGUUGCUUUGAAGUCUUAAUUAUAAAUAUUUCUAUGUAUUGCUCUUAUAUUAUAUUCGAGUAUGGAAAUAAAGUAGUGAAGAGAAGCAAAAA